AAGAGCCUCUGUGUAAUUCACCUCCCUGCAGUUACCGCUUCCAGUUACUGGGAGCUGAGCUGAGACUCGCUUCUGACUCACUUUCUCCGAAACUCCAUCCUUUUAGCUCCUGAGAUGAUUUCUAUUUGGACCUGCUUUCUCCUGGCUUCGUGUUCGCUGCUACCUAUAGACUCACAAACCGAGAACCAAAAAGUCAAGCAAAGAGCCCUUCGCCAAAAAGACUUGGAAAUCAUAGAAAGGUAUAAUGGCAUGUGCAUGCAAGGGCCGAUGGGUCUACCUGGAAGAGACGGGACUCCUGGAGUGAAUGGGAUCCCUGGAACUCCAGGAAUUCCAGGCCGCGAUGGAGCCAAGGGUGAGAAAGGAGAGUGCAUGAGAGAGAGCGUAGAGGAAUCCUGGACUCCCAACUACAAGCAAUGUGCGUGGAGCUCGCUAAACUACGGCAUAGACCUGGGGAAAAUCGCUGAAUGUACGUUCACGAAGAUGCGUUCUCAGAGCGCCUUAAGAGUUGUGUUUAGUGGGUCUUUGCGUCUCAAGUGUAAGACGGCCUGCUGUCAGCGCUGGUACUUCACGUUUAAUGGCGCUGAGUGUGCCGGACCCCUUCCCAUCGAAGCCAUUAUUUACUUAGACCAAGGAAGUGCCGAAUUCAACUCCACCAUUAACAUUCAUCGGACGUCCACCGUGGAAGGAUUGUGCGAAGGAAUUAGCGCCGGUCUGGUGGAUGUGGCAGUCUGGGUGGGGACCUGCGAAGACUACCCAAGAGGAGAUGCAUCUACUGGAUGGAACUCAGUAUCUCGGAUAAUCAUCGAAGAGCUGCCAAAAUAACCUGUACAGCCUUGUUUUCUGUUAAAUAAAUGAAAAGGUUCUUUUUUUUUAA